CGAUCGGAGACAGCGAUAACAACACAAGCUAGGUCUGAGUCUGACACACACUGAAUCUGUAGGAUGGCUCCUGCUGUUUUACUCAUCGGCUGUCUGCUCGCCGCAAUCAGCUGCUUGACCACAGAAGUGACUGGUCAAACUAGUUAUGUUACCUCCACCCCUGUAACCACACGACCUGGAGUGACCAAUGCAACAACCACAACUACCACUCAAGCUCCUCUCCAUGGAAGUUGUGCGAGUCCUGAUCUGUGCUGCUCUGGACAGAACAACAGCUGUCAUCGUCUGAAUUGUUUUUGUGAUGUUGCUUGUCUGAGAUUACGUGACUGCUGCCCUGAUUUCAAACCCACCUGUCUCACAGUAAAAAACAGCACAAACCCAAACAACACUUUGCCACUAACAGGAACAUGUUCGCAUCCGACUCUGUGCUGCAGUGGCUUUGACUACAACUGUUUCAGAGGAUGUUUCUGUGACGAGUCCUGCAAAAUGCUCAACGACUGCUGUCCCGACUACAACAGCACCUGCAGUUUCAAUAGCACAACUACAGCUCCACCCUUCAACUCCACUACAACUCCCCAUCAUAUCUCCACUGCAGCUCCACCCAAAGCACUCACUGUUCUGGAGGUGAAGGUGAAGAUGUUUUUGCCUGAAGAAGAGCAUCACGCUGCACUGCUUCAGGUUGGCACUGUGCUGGAGAAGUUGUUAAAAGAGAAUAAUACUGACAUCUACUCUUUCAAAGUUACGAAAAUUAAACGGGUAUCUCCAUAGGAUUGAUUCAGAAGUCAGAGAGAGGAACAGACGUGAAUAAGUGCUCACCGCUGCUGAACUUUUACUAUAUAAAAUUAUAUUUGUUGUGUACGUGUUUCUGUGUAUGUGUGAAUCAAACUAUGAAAAGAAUGUGUUAGGAAACUACUCGUGUUACUCUUGUACCUCCUUAAACUGUGUGGAAGGGAAUCUGCUGCUGUUUAAACAUUGUUUUCAUUUCUCUGUUUUUGAGAUUUGUGUACAAUGAUCGCAGUGAAAUUAUGAGGAAGAGCUCUUAUGAAACACAUUAUGAAACAAAAAGACAAUCUUAUUUUAGACCAGACUGCUUCCUCAGGACCAGGCACCAGUGUGAACCGGCUUUAUAAAAUAAAGUCGUCACUCGAUUU